AUGUUAGAGGUGGAUGAAGCGGAUGACAAAGUACAACUGAUGGCCUUUAAAGCCAGGUUGAAGUCCAGGCAGUUUAUGGUCUCGCUCGUGAAGAAUCCCCCACGGAUGAUGGUGGAAAUGCUCUUGAAGGCUCAGAAGUACAUGAACAUUGAGGAUGCUUUAGUAGCAAUCAAAGAGGUAGAAAAGCCUAAUGAGAGGGAAAGAAAGGGAGACAAUCGGAGAGGACGAGAAAGGGAGUGGGCAGAUCGUCAAAAUACUGACAAGAACAAGAGGAAAGAUGAUAAAACCCCUUGGACAGUAAAAUUCACUCCUUUAAUUAUGCCUAUUGAUAAAAUUCUGGCACAGAUUAAAGACGAGCACUACCUCAAGUGGCCAUGGCCAUUACACUCGUCGUCUAAUGUUCAUGACAAGAGGAAAUACUGUCGUUUCCAUAAAGAUCACGACUAUUACACAGAAGACUGCAGAGACCUGAAAGAGCAGAUAGAGAAACUCAUACGAAGAGGGAAGUUGCAAAAAUUUGUAAAGAAGGGAGAUUCCAACAGGCCUAGGGAUGAUAGCAGGGACAAGCUGGAAGCCUCUUCAAGGGAUGAAGACCACAAGCCACAUCAUCAGCAGAAUGCAAUAGGAGAAAUAAAGAUGAUCACAGGAGGGCCAUCCACAAAGGGGUCGUUCAGAUCCCUCAAGAAGUCAUACCAGAAGCAGGUGAAUAGCAUCCAUAGGAUACCACCCCUAAAGCAAAGACGAACAGAUAGGGAUAUCCUAUUCUCAAAGGAAGAUGCCAGAGAAGUGAAGCAGCCACAUGAUGAUCCCCUUGUUAUCAUGCUUAUGAUAGAAAGGUUCAACACUAGGAGAAUUCGGCAGCUCUGCAGACAUUAUCUACCUUUCUACUUUUCAACAGUUGAAGGUGGCCCCCGAAAGGUUGCAUCCAUUUGA